AGAAUAGUGGCAAUCCAACACAACAGACAGUAUCGGUGAUAUAUACGGCAGGAUCGGGAUUGGAAGAUGAGCUCAGAACUGGAGUGCGGUAUUUGUUACCAGAGCUACAACACGGGUCGUCGUCUUCCCAGAGAGCUGGGAUGCCGGCAUACUUUCUGCGAGAGCUGCCUGUCGGCGAUAGUCCGGCAAUCGGCGUGUCCGGCGGAGGCUUGUACGAUUAUCUGCCCGCUAUGCCGCCACUCCACCCCCAUUCCCGCAAGCGGCGAUUUGCGACAGGCGCUCCGGGUGGACGAAGGGCUUCUCGGGCAGACUCUGGAAGCUGGGUUUCUGGAGGACGAAAGUGACAGCGAUGGGAAACCCGAGCCCGACCUGUUCAGCCCAAAUCCAGCCUCGGAUCCGGCUCCCAGGACCAGAAAAGGCAAGAUGUGGCGCUCUCUAAGGCGGAUAUGUGGAAGAUUUGUCACUGACACCCGCCACACUUCAGAGCAUAGACACAAGUACAUGACCAAUGAAGAAAUGAAGGACAUCGCGUUGAUGUCGUGUUACAUGAUAUAAUAACCGAAGAUCCCGCAUCUGAUCCGAAAUGAAGAAUUUGUGAGACCUCUGGGAACUGACUGUCAAAUAAGGACCACUGACAUCUUUUGCUACUUGUUAUUGACCAAGGGGAAAAACACUGUUUAAUAGUAUUAAACCACUUAUGAGCCUGUUUAUAUAAAUUAUCUGACCAAACUACUUCACACUAUGCCUAUUUAUUGAUAAAGAGCCCGACCAUCUCUGAAUAAGAGGCUAUGAAAUAACAGGACGUGUAAAGAUACUGUAAUUUUAUGAUUUGUAUUUCAAUUUUGUUACAUAUUGUUUCAAUCCUUGUGUAAUUGAUUUAAUUAUUUAUUAGGCCUGUAUUAUGCAGGAAUAUACGCGUUUUUGUAAUAAAAUAAAAUCCAUUUUACAA